UUCAUAUUUACUCAUAUCAGAAGCAAGACAUCCAUUCCUAAAACUUGAUCACAACACCAAAUUCAAUCCUUACUCCUUAGUGCCUGCUUCUUUUUUGUUUCCUAAGACGCUUCACAAAGAAAGACAAAAAAUACCCUUCAAACCUCUCAGAAGCUAAAGUUAUAAAAUUGUAGCUAACAAGCAAUGGAGGUUGUGAACAGAUUAGUAGAACAGAAGCCUUUGGUAAUCUUCACCAGGAGCUCUUGCUGCAUAAGCCACUCAGUAAUGCAACUCAUAAGCAGUUAUGGAGCAAACGCAACAGUAUAUGAGCUCGAUAACAUGUCCAAUGGGCAAGAAGUAGAUAAAGCGCUCCAAAUACUAGGACUUAGGCCAAGUAUUCCUGCUGUUUUCAUAGGUCAAAAGUUAGUCGGUGGAGCUAAAGAGAUUAUUAGCCUGCAAGUUCAAGGAAGACUUGUGCCAUUGCUCAAGGAGGCAGGAGCUUUAUGGGUUUAGAAUAAAAUUUCUUACAUUUCACGAGGAUCUAGUUUCUUCUUUUUAAUUCCCUUCCAUCUGUCUUUUUCUUAAGAUGGAAGGGUAUACAUAGCUACUAGUGUAAGUAGCAGCCUACAUUUCGUUGCAUCUUGCAAUUUCAAGUAAUGAAGUAUGUAUUCCGCUAAACUCCUUCAUUGAUGUAUUAUCUAGUGUGUUAUACAUUAAAAUUUAAAAUCCAGAAUCAAAUAUGCUAAGACU